AUGGGGAAAAGACAACGAGGAGGCAAGGGCGGAAGGGGCGGCAGGGGGGGCGGCAGGGGCGGCAGGGGUGGCAAGAGACAGAAGAGAGAAGGUUUCGAUGACAGAAACUCUUGGCCUGAGCUGGAGAAGCAGAACAAGAGCAUGGAGGACUACUACAAGGUGCAGAACAUUGUGCCGGAGUCCGAAUGGGAAGACUUCCUCAAGGCAUGCCGCGACACGCUGCCGACAACUUUCCGCAUCUCCCCCGUCUGCACCUUUGCCGACGAGAUCAGAGAGCAGCUCAAGUCUCGCUUCACCGACCUGCACGUCGAGGACGUGGAGAUGGACGAAGACGACGAGAGGCUGCAGCCUCCAAAGCUGAUCCCCUGGUACCCGCAGGAGCUGGCAUGGCAAAUGUCCAUCAGCAAGAAGGCCAUCAAGCGCACGGCUGUGCUGGAGCGCUUCCACAAGUACCUCAUCGCUGAGACCGAGACCGGGAACCUGACGAGGCAGGAGGCUGUGAGCAUGAUCCCUCCUCUGCUCAUGGAUGUGAAGCCCCACCACCGUGUGCUCGACAUGUGUGCGGCUCCUGGGUCCAAGACCUCCCAGCUCCUCGAGUUCGUGCAUGCUCAGUGCGGGGCGAAUGGAGUGCCCAAGGGGAUCGUGAUAGCCAACGAUGCGGAUCUUGACAGGUGCUCCAUGUUGAUCCACCAGAUGAAGCGCAUCAACAGCCCGUCGCUCCUCGUCAUGAACCAUGAGGCGCAGAAGAUCCCGAUGCUGUGGGCCAAGUCGGAGGACGGGAAAAAAGUCCCGCUGAGGUACGACAGAGUCCUCGCCGACGUGCCCUGCACAGGAGAUGGGACGAUGAGGAAGAACGUGGACGUGUGGAGGAAGUGGACUCCCGCACAGGCUAUGGGGCUGCACAAGACCCAGCUGCAGAUCUGCACGCGUGCGGUGGAGCUCUGCGAGGCAGGAGGGAUCGUGGUGUACUCGACCUGCUCCAUGAAUCCGAUCGAGAACGAGGCGGUGGUCUCUGCUGUCCUGAAGCGCUUCAAGAACUGUCUGGAGCUGGAGGAUGUGUCCCACGAGCUCCCGGAGCUGAAGAGGCGUCCUGGACUUCUUACCUGGAAGGUGAAGGAUCGCAAGGAAGAGAACAAAUGGUCUUCAACUCCCUUCUACUUCUCGUAUAACCUGGAGGACGUUCCUCCCAACCUCAAGUCGGUCUUCCCCGAGUCCAUGUUCCCUCCUGCGGACGCAGCAGACCUGCACCUGGAGAGGUGCAUGCGCGUUCUCCCGCACGACCAGAACACAGGAGCUUUCUUCAUCUGCAAGCUGAGGAAAACCGCUGACCACAUGGCGCCGAGCAAGCAGAAGGAGGUGGAGAGCGUGUCAGUGUCGGAGGAUACAAGUGAGAGGGAGGUCGACUGCGAGGCUUUGCUCUGA